UUUAAGGGACAUUUCGGUCACAUAAGUUAGCCGGCUAUCAUCCGGACCACAGUGGCUGAAAUGAACCUUAAGUCAACCAUAUUCCACGCAGACAAACUGCUUAGCCUGUGACUUUUACGAUGUUAACCCUACUAUAAAAAGCACUUGUCGGAAACAGCAAGCAUAGGGGGUUUUAUGGGUCACCGUUAGAGGAAUGAAAACGUGCAACUGGUGCGUCGAUCACUGUUCAGCAUCAGAUUUGGCGAUAAGAUACUCGUUUUUUUACUUGUAUCUUGUGCAGUCCAGCCUGUAAUAUAUUGCCCAAGACCCUGGUGGUUUUGAUGUUACUUCCUUUCACUGUCACUUUGUGUCACAGCACAACGUGCAUAACGGAGAAAACUCACACACAAUGAGGAGGUCAUUUAUGCUAUUUGUUAUAGCCAUUUCACGGUCUUUUCCCCUUUUUCGUAGUUGGAAAAGCAGGAACUUGCAUCGCUAAUGGGGAUAUUGGGGGGGGGGGUCACGUUUGCACCUAAUCAAACGACUUGUGGAGGACGAGGGCGGGCUGAUAUGCGGACUAACGACCAUGUCAAUCAUCGUUGACAUUUCGCUUUUUAACGAAUCGCCGGCACGAAGCAGCGAUGUUCUCCAAAUCGAAAAUGUGUCUGUAUAAAAGUGUAAUAGCAUAAAAUGGAAAAUAUAUAGCAUAAAAUGGAAUGUGUGUUAACUACAUACAAUCCCCAUAUUUCUAGUUAGCAACUGAAUUCUAUUCUAUUCGCCUUUCAAGGGGUGAACUCGAAAAGCGAAAGUCUAAACGUUUUGGAAAGUUUACGCGCACACUUUCUUUCAUCGGUCACUUGUCAACAUCACAGGAAAAAAGUGUCCAGAAGCCCAAGCUAACAAGAAGCUCUCACUGGACACACCUCUUACCGUCCUGACUUCGCCUUCUCUGCGGCCAGGAAAGCCAGGUGUUCAUUUAGACCACUUCCCCUCACUGUUCUGUCGCUUCUGAUGGAGGUCUACGAAGAGGCUAUCGACUAUUUGCAGACGUACAAAGUUGCAGGAAUGGACAAAGUGGAGCCAGACCUGAUAGAGGACGUAUUUGCAGUGGAAAAUGAAGAUGAGUUUAUGUCCAACCGUUUGCAAGCACCGAGCACAGUCCUCCCUGAAGAUGGGUUUAUCUCAAACACCCUUCCAGGAGACAGCAUCGACCUUCCGGAUACACCAACUGAUUGGGCCCCAGACAUCCUCCUGGAGAAGAGGCUGGUGGUUCUUAGGAGUAUCCUGAAGAGUGAGCAGCAGUACCUCAGUGAACUGGAGACCCUGCUGACUCCCAUGAAGGCUCUGAAGGCAUCGGCGGGCACGUCGCAGCCGGUCCUAAACCCCCAGCAGGUGGAGACCGUGUUUUUCCAGGUUCCCGAGCUGCGGGAGAUGCACAGGAAUUUCUACGAUGGACUGAGCGAGAGGCUGGAGCCCCUGCUGAGCACGGAACCAGAGGGGGGGCAGCGGCAGGCCACUGUGCAGCCCCCCGUGGGGGACCUCUUCCUGAAGAUGGUCAGCCAGCUGGGCGUGUACCGGGGUUUCAUUGACAACUAUGAGAGUGCAGUGGAGAUCGUGAGAACAUGCACCCAGGCCGACCAGCGCUUCAGGACACUGGCGGAGAGCAUGAUGUCCAACAAGGGGCCAGACAACUGCAGAACGAAAUACACCCUGGAAGCUCUGCUGUACAAGCCACUGGACCGUGUCACCAAGACAACUCUGGUGCUGCAUGACCUGCUGAAGCACACCCCAGAGGACCAUCCGGACCACCCGCACCUGCAAGAAGCCCUCCGCAUCUCCAGCAGCUUCCUGGCCGGCGUCAACGAGGACUCGCACUGCAAGAGAGCGGUCACGCUGACCAAAGGCAUAAGGCGGCAGCUGAUGCGCGACGGCUUUGUGGUGGAUGCGAGCGAGUGCGAACCCAGCCUGCGCCACCUCUUCCUGUACACCGACCUGCUGCUGUGCACCAAGCUGAAGAACGGCACGCCUGGGAAGCAGACCCAGUACAGGUUCAGCUGGUACCUACCCUUGGCUGGCCUGCGCAUGAACUUGGGCCCUGUGAGGGAGCAGCCUGCCGACCUGCAACAUCGCAUUAGCGCCACCAGGGGCAAGAUGUUCCAGCUGAGAGAGGAGCUGAAGCAGGAGAAAGGAAGUAAAGGCCUUGGGGCUCGCACCUUGGACCGCAGCCGCAGGAAACUGCAGCAGUGCGAGCUGUGGCUGUUGACUCACGCGCCCGUCCUCCCCCUGGAGCUGCACAGUCCCAGCGGCAAGAGUCACACCAUCUUCCUGUCAUCACUUUACGAACUGGACGAGUGGAGGGAGGCCAUCGAGAAACUUAAAGGAGAGAAUUUAGAGACGGUUCCUCCAGACCUGCUUGCCCUCACAAGCUCGUGUGUCAAGCUGAGAAUGACCCAGCAGCCUUCCCUCCAGAGCCUGCUCCCAGACUCUGUAGAGCUGGACCCGUCCCUUCUGCUGAAACGGUGGAAGAGGGUCACCAUGAGUAUGGGCCAGGUGGAGGUGUCCCUUUCACUGAAGUACUGUGCCCACGCCUUGGAGCCCCCCAGGGCCGCCCCUGUCCAGCAGCCUCCCGUCUUCGCUGUGCCCAUCGGCGAGCUGGCCCAACAUGAGAGGGUGCUAGUGCCACACAUUGUGCGCUCCUGCUCAGAGGAGGUGGAGCGUAGAGGCCUGGAUGAGGUGGGCAUCUACAGGAUCUCUGGAGCGACCAGCGACAUCCAGAUUAUGAAGAAGGCCUUUGACACCAAUGUGCGUGAUGCUAUAUCACGCCUCAGGACCGUGGAUGUGAACACAGUGUCUGGCACCUUGAAACUGUAUUUCCGGGAGCUUCCACACUCAGUCAUCCCUUCAGAGCUGUUCCAGAGUCUGGCUGAUGCGCUGGAAAUUCCAGACUUGAGGUCCAGACUGGACACCAUGCUGACCAUCCUACAGUCCUGCCCCGAUGUGAAUCGCAACACAUUCCUCUUCCUCCUGCACCACCUCAAACGGGUGGCAGAGAGGCAGGAGAUCAACAAAAUGACCCUGAUGAACUUGGCUACAGUGUUUGGACCCAGCAUGGUUCGUCCUCCAGAAGUAAUUCUGGGACAGUGUGGCCCUCCAGUGGACAUAUCACAGGAAGUGGUCGUGCAGGUGCAGGUGCUUUACUUCUACCUUCAGUGCCAAAACCUUCCAGCCCCUCAGACUUUAGCACCUCUGGACACAGAAGAAGAUACAGAGGUCGCAUUAUAAAGAAAUCUUCCCUCACAACUGUUGCAACACAUCAGCAGAAAACGCUUAAAUUUCACGAGAAAGCGCAGUCCACCUAUGGUGACUUGGGAGGCCGAGUAGCACUUUGAGAGGUCAUCAGUCUUUCCUGGUGAACUGUGGAUAGACCCAUGAAGGGCUUGGCCUCAUGCCUUUCCCUGGAACUCCUGGAAAAAUUCUACACCAUUUCAAUGUGUUGUAUAAAAUGAUAUAUUGUUUAGAAUAACCGAUGUUCAAAACUAAAGUGAAAACAUAAAUGUCA